AUGGCAGCCGGGCAAUACCCCAACAACAUCCUCCCGGAGGAACAGUGCAGAUUUCGACCCGGGCGAUCCACCGUCGACAUGCUGUUCGUCGUGCGCAGCCUCCAGGAGAUAGGGCGGAGAAGGAAAAGACCGCUCUACAUGUGCUUCGUCGACUUGAAGAAGGCGUAUGAUUCGGUGGAACGAGAGAUGCUGUUGAAGGUCCUGGCCAGGGCCGGGAUCCCCGCGAACUUGAUCGAAGUCAUCCGCCGAUUUCCACCAUGGAAUGCGGGCCCGGGUGGGCAUGGACGACCGAGAAGCAUCGGACUGCUUCUUCGUGACACAGGGCGUGCGACAAGGAUGUGCUAUUCCCCCUGCUGUUCAACAUCUUCUUCGCCGAGGUCCUCGAGGUCGUUGUCAUCCGAUUCACCGAGGAUGAUGUUGCUCUGCGGAGCCUGGUAUGCUUGGAGGAGGGGAAGACGGAAGCGGUGGGGGGGGAGGAGACACCCCUUGACCGAGUACGGAGGGCAGUAUGGGGGAUGUUGUAUGCCAAUGAUGACGGCGUCGAAUCUAGGUCUGGAGAAGGGCUGGCGAGAAUGA